AUGGACAACACCGACACAAGUCACCGCAAAGCCAUCAUCGGGAACCCCUCCUCCACCUUCUGGCUCUAUGAUUCCAAGACAGGCUUCGACCUCACUCACCCACCGACACCCACCUCCGCCACACCCACCCCAAAUUACACCAUCAAAACCAACACCCUGCCCAUUACAAUACACCCACCCAAGUCAGCCCUUGUGAUCAUCGACAUGCAGAACUUCUUCCUCUCCCCGCAGCUAGGCCGCCCAGGGGACUCGAAGGGCCUUCUCGCGCAGCAGCAGCUACUGAAGUAUGCAAUUCCUGCUGCGCGCAAAGCCGGCGUGCGAAUCAUCUGGCUGAAUUGGGGCCUCACACAGCAGGAAAUCGACGAGAUGCCACCCGCAACGCUGAGGGCAUUUGGCUUUGAGACCGUCCUUGCCUCGGAGUGGGAGUCAUAUGAGAAGGUCGAGAAGAAGCAGGCGGCGAUCGACUCUCACGGCGUGAACGAGGGUUGCCACAAGUUUCCGGACCCGCAGAUCGAGACUUCGGGCAAGAAUCCCAGGAUCUACAGGGGUCUUGGCCAGGAGAUUGGGCCUGUCACCAUAGACGACGGAAGAUCGCCCGUGCAAGGCGGCAGACUUUUGAUGAGAGACACCUGGAACGCCGACCUGACUCCAGAGCUCAAGCAGUCGUACGAAGAAGAGGGGAAGAAGGCAAAUCCCCCAGAUGUGUGGAUUCACAAGAAUCGUAUGUCCGGUCUGUGGGGCGAAAGGACCGACUGCACCGAGUUCCUGGACAGGGAGGGGAUUAAGACGUUGUUCUUUGCUGGCGUCAAUACCGAUCAAUGCGUCGGUGGAAGCCUGCAGGAUGCUUUCUCCAGAGGAUACGACUCAGUUCUCCUCUCCGACGGCGCUGGCACAACAAGCCCAUCGAGCUCCCAGGAGAGCAUCGAAUUCAACUGUGCGAAGACUUGGGGGUUCUGUGUGUCGUGUAAGGACUUCGCUGAAGGUUUGGGUCUUUAG